AUGCCAGCAGACACCAAUACGUCGCGGCAGGUGGCCGAAAGCGCCGCCGUCGCGACGUUCGACAGCGGCAGAAGGGGGGCUCCAGACCUGCGCCUCCUACACUACAACGACGUCUACCAUGUCGAAGCCUCCUCGUCAGAGCCCUGCGGUGGCGCCCCGCGGUUUCAGACCCUGGUCAACUACUAUAGAUCUGACCCCGGGUUCGCUGGACAGCCCUCGAUGCUCACGUUCUUCUCUGGAGACGCAUUUAACCCCAGCCUCGAGAGCACCAUUACGAAGGGCCAGCAUAUGGUCCCCUUCCUUAACCAUGUGGGAACGGAUGUAGCCUGUGUUGGCAACCACGACCUGGACUUUGGGAUCGCGCAGUUUAGACACCUCAGGUCCCAGUGCAGGUUUCCGUGGCUGCUCGCAAAUGUGCUCGACCCGGCGCUGGGAGAGGGCGAGCCCAUGGCCAAUUGUCAGAAGACCUGCAUGCUCGUCUCUUCGAACGGAAUAAAGGUUGGCGUCAUCGGCUUGGGCGAAAGGGAGUGGCUCGCGACUAUCAACUAUCUACCCCCGAAUCUUAUAUACAAGUCCGCGUCAGAAACAGCAAAGGAGCUGGUCCCCGCCCUACGUGAACAGGGUGCCGAGAUAGUCAUCGCCAUCACCCAUCAGCGAGAGCCAAAUGAUAACAAGCUCGCAGAGAAGAUCCCCCCUGGCCUUAUCGAUAUCAUUCUGGGCGGCCAUGACCAUUAUUACAGCCACAGCCUCAUCAACUCCACACACAUCUUACGGUCUGGUACUGAUUUCAAGCAGCUGAGCUACAUCGAAGCCUGGAGAAAGGAGCCCGGCCCUGGCUGGGAUUUCAACAUCACCCGCCGCGACGUCACACGCGAAUUACCCGAGCACCCAGAGACCGUCAAGCUUGUAGACAAGCUUACAUCGGCCCUCAAGUGGAAACUGCAGAAGCCUAUCGGGUAUACAGUCACUCCGUUGGACGGCCGGUUCACCACCGUCCGCACACAAGAAUCCAACCUUGGCAAUUUUGUAUGCGACCUGAUGAGGUGCUACCACGAUGCCGAUUGUGCGAUUAUGGCUUCUGGAACCAUUCGAGGAGACCAAAUCUAUCCACCUGGGAUACUAAGAGUGAAAGACCUCCUCAAUUGUUUCCCUUUCGAAGAUCCCGUGGUAGUUCUCCGCAUCACAGGCAAGGCCCUCCGUUUGGCGUUGGAAAACGGUGUCAGCGAGCUUCCUGCUCUAGAGGGGCGGUUUCCGCAGGUGUCUAACAUCAAGUUCGCCUUCUCCGUAUCCAGAGCGCCCGGUUCCCGUGUCAUGUGGGCAAAAGUGAACGACGAGGAUGUCGAAGAAGACAAGCUUUACACGGUAUCUACCAGAGGCUAUAUGGCAAGGGGCAAAGAUGGUUUCGCCUCGCUACUUGUCAAGAGUGAGGGCGGCGAGGCGGAGGAGAUUGUCUCGGAAGAGGACGGUCUCCUCAUCAGUACGAUACUUCGCCAGUUCUUCCUCAGUAACAAGAUCCUUGGGAAAUGGAGCCGGCUUAGCCGUAGUCUGAACCGACACUUCAUUGAUAUUCACAAAAAGCUCAAGUCAGAGGAACUGACUCCACCACCUAGCAGCACUACCUCUGCCGUCGAUCUUUCAACUGGCUCGUCCUUCCGCUACGUCUCAAAGCCUAGUAUUGCGCAGGCCACCAACCCAGUGGCCGCGGCCGCGAUGAUGAAUCAACAACAGAUUAGCACCAUAUCUCCGUAUCGAAACGACAUCGACCCCCCCCUUGACUCAGAGUCUGAUUCACAUUCAGAAUUUCUCUCCCGACCCCGUAACUAUGUCACGGCCGGUGCUGCGUCCCCGGAUGAUGCCGACCAUAAAGAAUUAGUCGCCAGAAGAGUCCUUCAGAAGUGGCGAAGGCGGAUUGGGGUUGAUCCAAACCGAGUCAAGACUGUUGAACAAGGUGGUAUAGAUCAGCUGCCACCGUGGACUCAUGCUAUAGCGCCCGUGGUAGAUGGCAGGAUCAUUCGCAUCGAUUAA